CGAGCCCUUGUUACAAUAGGGCGGUGAUUCGAACCAUCCUCUUGUCGGCUUGAGCUCUACGAAAUCACCACUGCCAUUGAAUCCGAGAAACAAGCCAAGCAGUCAAGCUCCUAUGCAUCACUCGUCUCUACACCAGCACAUCGUCGCCGCCUCUUCAUCACUGCAUCAUUAGCAAUCUACAGUCAAUGGGUUGGCAAUGGAGUCGUCAGCUACUAUCUCUCUACCGUUCUAGCUACAGUAGGCAUCACUAGCGUCACAGUCCAGACCCUGAUCAUGGGUUGUCUCCAGAUCUGGGGUUUCAUUGCAGCAUGCGCUGUGCCUUAUGCGUUGAGCGACCAGGACGACGACUUCUUCUCAUGAUCUCUUGUGCGAUUAUGCUUAUUAGCUUUAUUCUGAUUACAGCUAUGUCAGGAAGCUUUGCGCAGACUGGAUCGCAAUCAGUUGGACUUACCAUGAUUCCAUUCGUGUUUCUCUUUAAUGCUGGUUACGCUGUUGCAGUAACCCCUCUUCAGGUUGCGUACCCUCUUGAGCUCUGGCCAUUCCAGCUACGCAGUCGCGGUCUCUCUGUAGCGUGGAUGAUCAUGAUCUUGGCACUCAUUUUCAACGUGUUUGUCAACCCAAUUGCUUUAUCAGCCAUUGGUUGGAAGUACUAUAUUGUCUAUGUGGCCCUUCUCUUAUCUUAUGGCCUUGUAAUCUUCUUUUUCUAUCGCGAGACUCGUGGCCGUACGCUUGAGGAGAUCUCUGUCAUCUUUGGCGAUGCGCCGGAUGGUCUCUACUCAGAUGAGCUGGAUACGAAGCAGGUGGUUGAGGAAGCAGAUGCCAAGUAUCUAGGUUAAGAUAUCUACAGAGUAUGACUAGCGUGGUGUUAUUAUUGUGGUUUA